GUCUGUCAGCCAAUCGUUUGCCUGACAUGGACUUGUCCCAUGCAUGCAUGGCCGAUGCACUCACAUGAAUUCAAGACGUACGCAACCGAAACUAUCAACAAAGAAUCGACGACGCACGCAGCGCAGACAGGGCCAUACGCACUCAGACAGGGCCAUAUGCACUCAGACAGGAGCAUCACAUCACACUACAUAAGAUCACAUGACAUAAGGUCUCUCCGUGAGUGACGGCCUCCGUUUGACAGCGAAGAAAUCCCACACACCCAUAAACGUCCCAUCCAUCGGCUGAUCAGCCCAUGGUGCCAUGCGAGUCGACACUGUACACAACAUAGAAUGCCACACCCCCCAGCAGCACGACUGUCAGGCCCACAGACAGCACCCUUUUCUCCCAUGCCGUCUGCUCGAGCCGCCGGAUGCGCUCCAUUCGCCGCUGCAGCUCCUCUGACGCCCUCUCCACCUCCCUCUUGUCGUCCACACCGCAGAACCACCGCGCAAACGCACCCAACACACCCACAACGCCCCCCCGGCUCCUGUGGCGACGCUCCUCUGUCUGCUCCUGCUGCUCAGACGUGGGCGCGGGUGGUUGCUGGUGCUCAUCUGGCUGGUCUUGCCCGUCAGGAGGGUCCGCUUGGCUGCCAUCGGGCGGUGUCUCGCUCUCGUUGGCAACGCCCUCCAUUGUGGUGGUGUAUGAUGCACGGUUGGGGUCAUCUGCACCGUCACCGUUCUCCUCAUCUGCCUUGCGUUGGUCAUCCCUGGCUGGCUGGAUGUAUCGCGUCCAGAAGGUGACGGCCGGCAGGGACUCUGGCUUGGGGGGCGGGGUGAGAAAGGACACCGUAAGGCCCACGAUGAUCGUCACAAGCCCCUCGAAAAGAGCCAUGUACCUGAGUGAGCGUAGAGCGUAGAUACACCACAGAGACAGAGGUCAGGUGCCCAGGUACGGCGUGUGUUCCUUGCCCAGCUCACAUGUAGUGCAUCCUGACGAAGAGCCACCGGCUGUCGGGCACACCGCAGGGCAGCGGCGGAUCGGAGAACUGGAAGAUCAGUCUGACGAUGCCGACAGCUGUGCCGGCGACGAGGCCCCAGAAUGCGCCCGCCUCGUUGUAGCGCGGGAUAAGCAUCGACGCCAGGUACAGCACACAGACUGCGACGAAGGGCAAAAGAGACACGCAUGAAGGUGCUCUGCUCGUAUUGUGUUGGGUAUGUGUUGUGUUGACUGACUGGGCGGUGCGAAGAACGACGUGACAAUCUGGAUAUAGUAGAAGACCACCCCGCCGUUGAUCGCCUGGAUGAGCGGCAUCCACAGGACGCUCAGCGCCACAACAAUACCCGCACCAACCUUGCCCACCUAUAUCACCACCAACCACACAAAGGAAGGGGGAGAGCAAGUGCACGCCCGCCGACACACAAAGUGCCAGCAUGUACAUGUGUAUGGAUCACAUCACAUCCACUCACGAUCAAGAGUUCCUUGGUGGAUGCCUUUCCCCUCCUGAUGGGCUGCCAGACAUCGAGGGUGAAGAGGGUGCUGGUGCUGCUGAUGAUCGAGUCCAUGCUGCUCAUGAUGGCGGCCAGGAAGACAGCGACCAUCAGCCCCCGCACUCCCUCUGGCAGCAGCCGCAUCACCAGCAGAGGGAAGGCAACGUCACUGCACCCAGAUCUCUCGCCACACGCCUUUUCACACGCCUCUUCGCUGGCACACGCUAUGAUGUCAGGAUACAGCACUCUCGCAAUCAUACCUGAAGAGACAGAGGGAGUCACACAGAGAGGCAAUUGAUGGGCGGUGGGUGCAUCUGUGUCGUGGCCUUUCCCUCACCAGGCAUCACGAAAACGUACAGCAGAGUCGACUUGACCACUGACGCGAGAAGGCAUCCCCCCUGGGCGUGUGAAAGGCUGCGUGCAGCCAUGGUUCGCUGUACCAUCAUCUGGUCGGCACACCAAUGCCAAAUUGACGACAGUGACUGGCCGAACACGAAGCCGGCCAUUGGAAUGUCCUGCACACAAGAGCACACACACCCAGCUGGUCAAAGGGGGAGUCGGGAGCCUCACCGUGCGAUAGGUGUGUGCCUUACAGAGCCCCAGGAGUCGCGAAGGAGAAUCCAGUAGUCGUCUCUCGGCUGACCGCAGUCACCCACCGCACUCUCAGUGUCAGACGCAAUGGCCAUCGGGUACUGAUCAACACACACCACAGACGACACCAGCAGCUGUGGAGCAUUCUCCUGGCUGAUCUCUCUCUCUGUCAGAGAUACAACACACCUUUUCGAUGAGUCCCCAGUACCCCCCGACUCUGUCCCACGCAAUGCAGGCCAGCGUGACGGCGCCCACGACCAUGCAGAGGGCCUGCAGGGUGUCGGUGUAGAUGACGGCUGCCAGGCCGCCACCGAUGGUGCAGACGGCCGUCAGGGCGAGCAGACUCAGCAGCGCCGCAUACAUAUCCCAGCCCAGCACGACUCGAAGCAGAAGUGCAGCUGAUGGACGGACGGAUGCACCAACCACACCACACCACGCAGCCAGAUAGGCAUUGUUCAGUGGCGUGGGUGUGUCGUUGGCUCACCAGUGUAGAGGUCCACGCUAGUCUUGACGAGCACGUAGAGAACGAGCGACAGAAAGGUCAGGUACCCCCGCAAUCGGUAUCCCCCAUAUCGCUUCGUCAUGUACUCAGGCAACGUCGACACACCCGACGACAACAACACCUGCACACAGCCACACACAGCCAGCAUCGCAUCAGAGCACAUUCCCUCCUCGUGUGGUCUCCCCCCGUCUCACGCACCGGCAAGACGACCCAUCCGAGCAGUGACAGGCAGAAGAUUGCGUCCAGCUCAAAUGCACCCACAGAUAUCCCGAACUUAGCGGCAGUGCCUGGCAGGCCUAUCCAGUGCUCAGACCCUUUGAUUGCAAUGAAACAACCACACAUGCGAGAGCAGUCAGCCAACACGUCCUUGCCUGAGCUGUAGCUUCCUGGCCGUACCGAUGUUUGACGCAAAGAUGGAGGCCCCCACCAUGUAGAAGGGCAUCGCUCUGCCGCCGAGAAAGUACCCCUGGAUGACAGACCGCUUCGUACGACACAUUGACAGAGCCGUGGCGGCGAGCGUCUGUAAGUGAACAAACAGCGCGAGCACAAGCACAUGGCGUUCUUGUUCGUCUUGUGUGCGUCUUUUUGCCUCACCAGCGCAAUGUACACCCCAAUGGAAACAUAGUCGCCGGUUGCCAGAGUGGCGGCGGAUAUCAUAUUCGGCAGACUUGCAAAAAACAGACACAAAAAGCAUCAGAUCUCGUUGCAGUCAACAUAAGGCCCUGGUGUUCUUUUU